AUGGAUUUUACCGGGCAAUACAACUUCACCAACCCUCAGCCUUAUCACCAGUUUAUGCCAAUUCCUCCUCUGACGCCGUCACACUCUCAUUCCGCCGGCUCCGAUGAUUUCAAUGCAUCCCCGCCUGAAAACUACGACGGCCUUCCCACCACCCAAAAUGACCAGUUCCAAUCUUUCGAUUAUACAACCGCCCAAGGCUUCAACGCCAAUCCUCACCAGCCUGCCUCCGGUUUCCCUGGACCUCCCACACCUCCAGGUCAGAACGUCUUCGCUUCCCAAAUGCAAGGCCACCGGCAGCAAGGAGGCUCGAUGAGAAACGGGUCCCCUGAUGAACAAUCAAUCGCUCGAGGGGGCAGUGAAGAGGAUGAGAAUCUGACUCCUGCCCAGUCCCGAAGAAAGGCACAAAACCGCGCUGCACAGCGCGCCUUCCGUGAGAGAAAAGAGAGGCAUGUCAAAGAUCUAGAGGCGAAGCUUGCUGGUCUGGAGGCUGCGCAGCAACAAUCGUCUAUCGAAAACGAGCGCUUGAAGCGUGAUCUUCAGAAAAUAUCCACCGAGAAUGAGAUAUUGCGUGCCACGUCACACACGGGUCAUGGUUCCAUCUCUCCCGAGCCUGCAACUGGACCGCUGCGCUUUAAGCCUACAGACUUCUACUCCAACGUAUUGCAAAACCACACGAACAAAUCGCCCUCCCACCGCAUUGUCACCUCGGAUGAUGGCGAACGACUUCUCGCUGCAGGUGCCACGUGGGAUUUUAUCAUUUCUCACGAUCUGUUCAAGAAAGGUCUGGUCGAUAUAGCUGAUGUGAGCGAACGUCUCAAGAACUGUGCUAGAUGCGAUGGCCAAGGCCCUGUUUUCUCAGAACGCUCAAUCACUAAUGCCAUUGAGCAAAGUGUUGCUAGCGGCACUGAUGACCUCCUCUGA